AUGCCAAUGGCCUGCAACCCAGAGCCAUUCAAGAUACCCUUCAACACUAUCAAUCCUUACAUAUGCUCUUCAUUACAGAAACAUAACUCCUUUCCCCCUCACGUCUUCCCACAUCAUGCUGGCACCUAUAGGGGCUCUAUGGGUGUUUCUGUUCUCAUCUCAUCUCACUGUCCUUAUGCUGUCACUCAAAUACCUAUGCCCUCAAAAUAUGCUCUGGCUGUCAAAAUUGGCUCACUCAGAAUUGUAUGCUUAUAUCUUCCACCAAAUAUGCCCACUCAUGAUGUCCUACAUAUACUCUCUUCCAUACCUUUAACACAUGAUACCAUUCUUUGUGGUGACUUCAAUGCAAGACUUGGCUCUGUUACUGGUGACUAUGCAUCAAAUUCUCAUGGACUGGCACUAUGUUCUUGGAUAGAAGAGAGAUCUCUAUCAGUUGUAAAUGCAGAUCUUGCACUGUGCAUACCAACAUAUAUUUCUUUCCGCAACAACUAUGAAAUCAGCAGUAUUAUUGACCUCUUUAUAACUAAUAUGCCACUCAUCAAUCCUUCUCUUCAUAUUGCUACUGACUUGUCCCUUGGAUCAGAUCAUCGCCUUUUAUCACUUUCCUUUACCUAUGACCUACAGCACUCUACCAAUAUGCCACCACCAUUACGCAUGACAUGGAACCUCUCACGCCUCAAUGAACCUGAUGUCCAUGCUCUUUAUGCUCAUAUCUUCACUCAAAACUCAACCUCCCUCCUUUCCACCUUGCAAGAAAUUGUAUUGAAUCCGCCACUCACCAAACCUGACAUAGAUGCUAUAACUGAUGAGUUCAAUUCACUCAUUUACAACUCACUAAAUAGCUCAAUUGGACAUCGACCCUCUCGCCCCAACCAUUGGAAAUCCUUCUGGAAUGUGGCAUUACAAACAGCAGCAGAUCAUCGUAACAAAUGUUAUAAAAAAUGGCGCCUAGCAAUAGUUCAGCAAGCCAAACGCCAGUCUUGGCAUGUGUUUUGUCAGUCUAUAGAACGUGAUUUCAGCAAAGCAACGUCAAAAAUAAAACAGUUAAAACGCCGUAGACAGCCACAACAUACCUUCCAGCAUGACGAUGGACCAGCCGUAGCAGCAGCAACAAUGUGUGACCAUUUAGCAACAGUAUAUAGUGGACAUAUACUUCCAGCAACCCGACCACCAGCACCAACAACGACUUAUAACAGUGUGCCUUUUGCCUCUGAUGACUCUCCAUUUAACUCAUCAAUUGUGGAGGAAUUCAUGCAAUUUAUGCCUAACCGCAAGGCACCAGGGCCUGAUCAUAUCAGAGCUGAAAUGCUAAAGCCCAUUUGGUCUCACAUCUCAUCUCUCCUUGCCUCUCUUUUCACCAUCUGCUGA